AGUAAUUUAAUUUCACCUUCUCCUCUCUGUCCUCGUCGAGCUCUCAGCUUUUCUAUUACGCGACCCUUUUCAUCGCUCGCAGUCGCCGCGCUGCCGCUGCUGGUGGUGGAUCCACUACCGUCUCCGGAAUUUUAUCGGAAGAUUUACAUCAACGGCAACUCGCUACUGUUUUGCUUUGCUGAGAACUGAUGUUUGGAAGCAACCCUUUUGGGCAGUCAUCUAGUAGCCCAUUUGGGUCCCAACCCGUCUUUGGGCAGACUAAUAAUGCUAAUAGCAACCCAUUUGCUCCUAAACCCUUCGGUAGUACAACCCCUUUUGGUUCACAAACUGGGGGAUCCAUUUUUGGCAGCAUGUCUACUGGUGUUUUUGGUGCUCAGUCUUCUUCUCCUUUAGGUUCCACUUCUGUCUUUGGUGCUUCUUCAUCACCUGCCUUUGGAAGUUCAACACCUACAUUUGGAGCUGCCUCAGGUUCCGCAUUUGGAAACUCAUCUUCGGCAUUUGGUGGUUCAUCGGUGUUUGGGCAGAAGCCUGCUUUUGGUGGUUUUGGAUCUAGCACCACUCAAACAAGUCCCUUUGGGAGCUCAUUUCAGCAAUCACAACCAGCUUUUGGGAAUAAUCUAUUUGGUUCAUCAACUCCUUUUGGACAACCAAGUCAACCCACAUUUGGUUCAUCGAGUAGUCCUGCAUUUGGUGCACCAAGUACACCCGCUUUUGGUGCUACCAGUACCCCUGCCUUUGGUUCUACAGCAAGCCCAACGUUUGGUAGCACAGGUGGUGGCUUUGGUGUGUCGAGUUCUCCUUUUGGAUCAACCACUCCGGCAUUUGGUGCGGCUUCCACUCCAGCAUUUGGGGCUUCUAGCACGCCGGCAUUUGGUGCUACAAGCACUCCUGCGUUUGGUGCCACAAGUACCCCUGCAUUUGGUGCCACAACCGCACCUGCAUUUGGUGCCUCAGCUACUCCAGCAUUUGGUGCUUCAAGUACUCCGUCUUUUAACUUUGGAUCCAGUCCAGCAUUUGGCCAGUCAACUUCUGCAUUUGGAAGUAGCCCAUUUGGUGCGACAUCAUCUUUUGGAGCUCAAAGUUCUUCUUUCGGAGCACAGACUACGACCCCCGCUUUUGGUAGCCCUGGUUUUGGCCAGACUGCUUUUGGAGGGCAACGAGGGGGAAGUAGGGUGUCACCCUACUCACCAACACCUGAGACAGAUGGUGCCACUAGUACACAGCCAGCUGGGAAACUAGAAUCUAUUUCAGCCAUGCCGGUGUACAAAGAUAAAAGCCAUGAAGAACUUAGAUGGGAGGACUACCAGUUAGGAGAUAAAGGAGGGCCAGCUCCUGCUGGUCAGGCUACUGCUGCUGUUGGCUUUGGUAGUUCAGGCUUUGGAUCCUCAUCUACUCCCGCGUUUGGCCAAUCAUCUGCAAAUCCUUUUUCAUCUACAACCUCUUCCAAUCCAUUUGCUCCAAAAACCCCAGUAUUUAGUAGUCCAGGCUUUGGAUCUUCAUCCACUUCUGCAUUUGGUUCUUCACCUUUUGGAACAUCGAAUACAUCUAACCCUUUUGGUUCAACAUCAUCAACAACGCCCUCCCUAUUUGGCAACACAACUCAAGCAUUUGGAGUCAAUACCUCUCCUUCUCUUUUUAGCUCUUCCAGCACAUCUGCUUUUGGAUCACCAUCUAUUUUUGGUGCCACAGCAACACAGGGGACUGCAUCUGCCUUUGGUACUGGCUUGGGUUUUGGCAACACUCAGUCCUCCCCAUUAUUCCAAUCGACUACACCAACACUUGCACAGACUAGUUCUCCUUUUGGACAGACCUCCUCUGCCUUUGGCCAAACUGCACCUGGAUUUGGUCAGUCAAAUUUGUUUAGUACUCCCUCAACAGGCUUUGGUGGCAAUCUUUUCUCCAGCACUUCAUCACUUCUAAGUAACACCAACACUUUGGGGUUUGGUCAAACAACUCCCUCUCUGGCUACACCAUUUCAAUCUGCACAACCGGCUCAGAGUUCUGGUGGUUUUAGCUUUAGCAACUUUGGUCAGUCACAACCAGGUGCAAGUGGCUUUGGCGGCACCCCUGGCAUGUUUAGCAAUAAUGCGUUUGGACAAGCGUUAGGCACCCAGAGCUCUAUGGUUGCUCCACAAGCAGCCCCCAUUACAAAUCCUUUUGGAACUCUGCCAGCAAUGCCUCAGAUGUCUAUUGGUCGCACUGGCACUUCUCCUUCUAUUCAAUAUGGAAUUUCCAGCUUGCCUCAGGUAGUUGAAAAACCAGUGCCUGUGAGAAUAUCUUCACUUUUGACAUCUCGACACCUUUCUCAACGGCGUAUUAGGCUGCCUGUAAGGAAAUAUCACCCAAAAGCCGACGGUCCAAAGGUGCCAUUUUUCAAUGAUGAUGAAGAAACACCCAGUACGCCAAAAGCAGAUGCUCUCUUUGUUCCAAGGGAGAAUCCAAGAGCUCUAGUGAUUCGUCCACUGGAACAGUGGCCCUCUAGAUCCAGUGCUGAGAAAACAAAGGCCCCGAGCACUCCCCUUCGUGAGAAUGGCAAAGUUUGUCAAGAUGUUUACAAUUCCAUAAAUGGGCAUGGCUCCAAGGACAAAGAUGUUGUCCAGACUGAAGAUUCCUUUGAAAAUGGCCUGGCGAAGGAACAAGUUAAUCCUACAAAAGGCAACCAUAAAGCGAAUGGAGCCCAUGAUGGUCUUUCUACAGAAAAAGGAGACUCUUACAUCACUCUUACGGGGCACCGAGCUGGUGAAGCAGCAAUCGUUUAUGAGCAUGGAGCUGAUAUUGAGGCGCUGAUGCCAAAGCUUCGCCAUUCUGAUUAUUUCACAGAGCCACGAAUUCAGGAGCUAGCAGCAAAGGAAAGAGCUGAGCCAGGCUUUUGCCGCCACGUGAAGGACUUUGUGGUUGGGCGACAUGGUUAUGGCAGCAUCAAGUUCUUUGGGGAGACAGAUGUGCGGAGGCUUGAUCUCGAGUCUCUUAUCCAAUUCAACAAUCGUGAAGUGAUAGUUUACAUGGAUGAGAGCAAGAAACCUCCUGUCGGACAAGGUCUGAACAAACCUGCCGAGGUAACUCUUCUAAACAUAAAAUGUUUCGACAAGAAGACUGGUCAGCAAUACACAGAGGGACCAAGAAUAGAGAAGUACAAGGAGAUGCUUAAAAGAAAAGCUGAGGAUCAAGGAGCUGAGUUUGUGUCGUACGAUCCAGUGAAAGGGGAAUGGAAAUUCAGAGUCAACCAUUUCAGCAAGUAUAAGCUUCGAGACGAAAAUGAAACCGACGAAAUUCAGCCUGGUUCUCUGAGUUGACGCUAUGUCUGUUGCGUUUUUGUGUGUAUGGGGCUUGCUUGACUUGUAGGUUCAGAGUUUGCGCAACAUGUAUAAAAUCAUGCAUGGUUUUGUUUGGUUAAGCUCCUUGCCAUUGUUGUUGUGGGUGGGUUUUUGUUUCCGCUUUUACUCUUUCAGGAUUGUCAAAAAACCCGUUGUGGUUCAGUUGGACAAAUUUAGAUUUGUUUUUCUAAUGUAAGUGCUAAAUAUUGUGUUGAUUUUUCUGGGUUGGGGAGACUGGAAAAACGACUAUCAAAUCAAGUAUUCAUUUUCUUAUAUUA